AAGUAAGACCAAUGCUCUAAAUACGGACGUUACCAUAGCAGCACUAAAAGGCCAACACCAAAUAUGUAAUAUGCUGAGUAAUUAUGUAAUUGAGAGACUUCUUAGCGGUAAAUAAAAUUGAUGUCAAUAACCUCACAGCAAUGGCUGAAGGAUAUAUAACAACAGACCACGAUGAGUUGACCACUAGCCUGAGGCUAAAAGAUUUUGAAGACAUGGACAGCUUUGAUCCAGCCUUUAUAAAGUGUUUCUGGGAUAAACGAGGUAAAACUGGACUUGCGUGUGAAUUAGAACUGACAGUACAGAAUAGACCUACAACAACAAAAUUUGUAGAAACAUCUGGUCCUGGACUUCAUGCAGAACAAGCAUUUAUUCGAAAUGCUAGAAGAUGGCUUAGAAGAUGGCUUAGAAGAAUCACACCAGAACGUCUAUCCGUCACAAUGCUGAUAAGUAAUAGCCCUUGCUUCAAAUGUCGAGAAGACUUGCAAGAGUUUUUCAUUUCAUGCGGUGUACCUAAUGUUUACUUCACUUUAAAGAUAGCACGAUUGUAUUUAGAGAAGUCUACACCUGAUGAAGCAGAAAUAAAAUUAGAUUACUGGAUAAAGGACCUCGAAGCGCGAGGAGUUUCAGUCAGUUUGAGUGCCAUCAAUGUGAUUUCAGAAACUGAUGUAAGGGCGAGUAGUAUGAACGAGCAACAAAGGGGCACUGAAGUUAACCAACAUAUUGACAACAUUCAAAACGGGACUACACACGUGAAGAAGCUGUUUAAACACUUCAGAUUGUCGGCAGCGUUCAAACAGAAAUAUUUUAUUGACAAAAGUGACCAGCAAAUGAUACUACUCCAGCUUAUAGUCUCAGCUGUGACGAGGAGUGAGCAACGACCAACAGAGAUUAGAGAAUCAUUAAAGAUGAGUGAAAAUGGAAAUAACCAUCAAAUAGAGAAAAAAAUAUGCAAAAUCAAAAUGCCGUUGUCGUGGGUACGCAUCAGAAAGUGUCUUGUACUGGUAUGUGCACACGUACCCUCCACCAAAUGCCAAGAGAGGAUUACAGAGUUCCUGGGAGAAAAGAGGUUUGAUGGAGUAAAGAACAAAGUGAUACUACACAUCGCCAGUAUCCCUGUAGACGAAGAAAGAUACAGUUUCAUCCAGUGGAUAAGAUGUUUAGAAAGCAAAUCAAUCCGUGUCAGUUUACAACCCUUAUAUGUUCGAUUUGGUCCCUUGACGCGUCAAAUAGUUGAACAACAUUAUAUGAUAUUGAUAAAUGAAUUCGAUAUUCUCAAGGGAGAAAUAGAGUCCAGAACGUAUCCUCCUACACCACCACCUCAGCACUCUCCAGAUUAUUCAUCAAGCUCAGAUGAAGAAACAAGCUCUCACACAAUUCAGGGCGAGGCAAGUAUGCUGCCAUCUACACAAGAAACGAUGCAACACAUGAGUGAGACUAGUUCAGAGAUGUCCGAGCGAUCAGUCUCUUCCUCAGAGGAAGAGUCGUCGGAAGAACAAAGCCAGUCAUCACAGGAAGAAGAAUUCGUGUUGGAAAAACACGAAAUACACCAGAUGGUACAAGAACAUUUUAAAUUGCGCAAUAUACAUACAUAAACAAUAUAGACUUUUCUUGUUCAUAGACAUGCCUUAAUUGCAUGUGUACAUAUAUUACAUGUGCACUUUUCCCCAAAUUUGUUGUGGCAUUUGACAAUUAC